UAGGUGGGCGUGUGCCAUGGGUGUGCUACCCUCCGAUUGGGCGGUGAGUGCAUGCAUUUUAUUUACUCAAAAGCCAAUAUUUGCUCACUUUUAUCUUUUGUGCUGACCAGAAUCCGUGAUACGAUUUAACCGUGACAUUUAUGAUCCAUUGCAGUUUCCUUAAAAGCAUAUCACAUAGAAAAUAAACCUUUGUGAGCAUAUGUUUUCAUGUCAAAGUUCACCACAUGUUAAAUAUGGAUUUAAUGGUUCUCAGAUUGCUACUUAUUAACUACCUUAACUUAUGUCAAGUCAUCAACAACAACACGCCGCAUAUUGAAAUCAUUUAAUCGGCUUUCAUUUUCUCUAAAGAGGAGAUUGUGUUUGGUUUCAUGAAUGAUUGAAGAACUAUCAGUUGAGUAAGCCGAGCAUGGGAGGAGACCAUAGGCUACGUGAACGCAUCAUGUGUUUACCUCUGCAGGUGUAUUGAAUACUCGAAUGUGAUUGGUUCUUGCAGCGUUUCUGUCAUAUCGACUGCCAACCAAUCCAUCCGCCGUCGACUGACGUCAGCUUUGCGUCGAGCCCCAGUUUAAGUCAAUUCAAACUUCCAUUGAGAUGUUUCCAUUAUGAGCAGGAGGAGCUACACCCCUAUGGAGCCCGUGAACAGCCGUAGCAGACGUUGAAUUCUACAUGCCACCGGCAGGUUACCGAGGCUUAUGUUAGUUGUACCGAUUCACUCUGGCCCAAAGAACCCGGCAGCUGGAGCAGACGUUGACGCUGUGUGACAACUGACGGCCACCAUGUCAGGUUUAACACCUCAGAGUGGCAGCCUGCAGGGUCUGGAUGAGGAUAUUCUAGACCCAGAGUUUCAGCAGCGUUUGGAAGAUGCCCGUACUCUGCUCAGGCAGGAGAUCCAGCGCGAGUUGAAGAUCAAGGAGGCUGCUGAGAGACUUCGGCGGGCUGUCACCAAUCGCAAAAACGCUGCCGAUGUGGAGGACCAGCUCAAAGCCUCGAGCCGCAAGCUGGAGAAGUUGCACUGGGACCUGCAGGAGCUUAAUGCCAGGUCCAUGGCCACCGAGAAGGACUGCACCACAGGCUGCUUGGAGGAGGAGGAGGAGGACAACCUAUCAGCAGAGUCGUGUCCGUGGGAAGAGGUCAACUCACCAGUGGACAGUCGGGUCAGAACCCUGAAGAAACAGCUCACCAUGGAAACCAAAGUCAAACAGGGCGCUGAGAACAUGAUCCAGACUUACAGCAACAGCUCAGUCAAGGACAGGAAGAUGAUGACUACAGCCCAGCAGAUGUUACAGGACAGUCGCACUAAGAUUGAGCUCCUGCGCAUGCAGAUCAUCAAAGUCAGUCAAGCCAGAGAUGGGGAGCAGGAGGGCCCACAUGGUCACCCUGUGGAGAUGAUCAGUGCUCUGGAGCUGCGGAUAGCUGACCUCAUGCACCACAUGAAGAUUGAAUCGGCCGUAGCAGAAGGAGCCAAAAAUGUGGUGAAGCAGCUGAGUGGGCGCAAGAUCCAGGACCGCCGCGUACUAGCAGAGGCCCAGACACGCAUGCAAGAGUCUUCUCAGAAGGUGGAUUUGUUGAGUCUCUCCCUGGAGAGACGUUUAAGUGAGCUGCCUUGGAACCAUCCCAAACAUGCUGCCAUCAAGGAGGAGCUGUUGUUGGGAACCCCGCCUUCCUGUGGCAUACCAAAGAAGCAAUGCAACACUCUGUCCUCUUCCUCCUCUUCCUUCAAACCAGCCAGUCUAACAGGUCGGUUGGAGGUAUGUUUGAUGGGCUGCCAAGACCUGUUGGAGUCGGUUCCAGGCCGUGGUCAUGUGACCAGCAUCCCGGUCACCUCUGUAAGCCUUUCGGAUGGAAAGUCGGUGAAGGUGAGAGCCGGCCUAUCAGGACGCAGUGCCAGUGCCAAGACAACCAAGGCUGAUGACCUGUCCUCGGAGAUAAGUGCUGUGCUGAAGGUGGACAACAGGAUUGUGGGGCGCACACACUGGCGACAGCUGGGCAAAGAGGCCUGGGGCCAGAGCUUCAGCAUGGAACUGGAACGGUCCAGGGAGCUGGAAAUCUCUGUGUACUGGAGAGACUGGCGAGCGUUAAGUGGGGUGAAGUUCCUGCGGCUGGAGGAUUUCCUGGAUAACCACCGACAUGGCAUGUGUCUCCAGCUGGAGCCUCAGGGCAACCUCUUCAUUGAGGUGACAUUUAUCAAUCCUGUCAUUGAGCGGCGCUCCAAACUCCAGAGGCAGAGGAGAAUUUUCCCGAAAGAAAAAGGGAAGGACUUCCUGCGUGCUGCCCAGAUGAACAUGAACUUUGCCACAUGGGGCCGUUUGAUGAUGAGCAUCCUGCCUCCCUGCAGCUCCCUGGAGCCCAUGAGCCCUCCAUUAGCAAUCCCUAACACGGCCCCCCCGUCCUCCAGCACUUCUCCAGCACGAGAACCUGCUGUGAGUCUACAUUUUAAUGAAGAACAACCCGGCAGAUCUCCACAUCGCACAAGAAAGAGCACUAAAGACUCUCCGCCGUGUCCUGGUGAGAACAAGCGACAUCCCUCAAUUCAUCCUCCUCCACACAGGAGUGAAGGACUUCAGAUGGAAGACUUCACCUGCAUUUCAGUUCUGGGGAGAGGUCACUUCGGUAAGGUGCUGCUAGCAGAGAAUAAGAAGUCAGACAAACUGUACGCCAUCAAAGCCCUGAAGAAAGGAGACAUCGUAACACGUGAUGAAGUUGACAGCCUCAUGUGUGAAAAGAGGAUCUUUGAAGUGAUCAACACCUCCCAGCAUCCUUUCCUGGUGAACCUGUACGGCUGCUUCCAGACUGCAGACCACGUGUGCUUUGUGAUGGCCUACUCCCCCGGAGGAGACCUCAUGACACACAUUCACACCAGCAUCUUCACUGAGGAACAGGCCCGCUUUUAUUCGUCCUGUGUGCUGCUCGGCCUGGAGUUUCUACACCAGAACCAAAUAGUUUACAGGGAUCUGAAGCUGGAUAAUCUGCUGAUGGAUGCAGAUGGUUUUGUCAGGAUAGCAGACUUUGGCUUGUGCAAAGAAGGUAUGGGCCACGGCGAUCGCACCACAACGUUCUGCGGCACACCGGAGUUUCUGGCCCCAGAGGUGCUGACGGACAACACCUACACCCGCAGUGUGGACUGGUGGGGGCUGGGGGUCCUCGUCUAUGAGAUGCUGGUGGGGGAGUCUCCUUUCCCAGGUGAUGAUGAGGAAGAGGUGUUUGACAGCAUCGUCAACGAUGACGUGCGCUACCCUCGCUUCCUUUCUCCUGAGUCUGUGUCCCUCAUUCAAAAGCUGCUGCAGAAGAAUCCUCAGAUGAGACUGGGAGGAGGCGAGGAAGACGCCUCGGAGAUUAAAAGACACAAAUUCUUUCAGGGAAUGGACUGGCCCGCUCUCCUGGCCAAAAACAUGAAGCCUCCCUUCCUGCCGGUCAUCAGAGCGCUGAAGGACGUCAGUAACUUCGACGACGAGUUCACACGUCUCAAGCCGGUCCUCACCCCCCCACGAACAGCCUACGUCCUCACUGCUGAGCAACAAGAAAUCUUUGCUGACUUUGACUUUUCUCUCAUGAGUUGACUAAAGUGACUCCCUCGCUCACUGUGGAAGGCUGCUCCUGUUCAUCCUCACUUUUAUUUGCCAUAAAGCUCUUCUGACUGAACAGAAGCUGAGAAACUACCGUCCUGUCUUUUUCAUGUCCUCUGUGGCUGCUUUAAACACACUACAAAGAUCUUUCUCUAAUCGAGCCGUAGGAUCAAGUACCGUUCACUGUAUGAAACAUGUCACCAGUGCAAUAGGACAUGGACAUUGUUCCAGCCCUCUCGGUCGAAGAACUAAACUCUAAAUAUUUGUGAUCUUAAUGAAGAAAAGUGACUCUGAAGUCCAAACGCUAUCUUGUGCUAUUUAUCCGACUUCCAUCUGUUGUUAACCGUCUCUAUGUUGUUGGGAUGUAAUACUCUAAUACUGUUCUUCAGAGAGAUUGCUCAGUCAAUACAACUGUAUGUUAUUUAAAAAGGAUACUAUCAUGAAGAUUAUGCUCAUAUAGAACAGACCAGCCUAUAUGUAAGUGUAAACAACAUGAAGGAAAUAUUAAUGAAUAAAUUGAUAUCUGCUGGACUUUAAAUGAUCAGGAAACUCGUCAUUAACAUUUAUUUUUUGAUGUAUAGUCAUUUUAAAGUAGUAAAAACAUUGCAUGACAGUAUUGCAUAUAAUUCAGAAGUACACAACAUGAAUUAAAUGUUAAUUCAUAAAAACCAGAGCGCUCACUGACUAAUACAACUGGAGGCAGUCUGCAUGUUGUCCAGCACCACAGCUGUACAUUGAAUUCAACAUU